AUGGAGUCGGUGGUAUUGGCACCUGACAAUAUAUCUCUCCAGUCGGAUCGGCCCAAGGACUUUUCCCCGACCGUACGCGAACGUGAAUAUCUCGCGAACGAACCAAUCGAUAUUGAGACCCGGUUUGCGACGUCAGCCUCCAAUUUACGACGCGCUCACACCGUGGCACAGGGAAGGAACAUCGCAAAAUCAAAUAUUGGCGUGAAAGCGGUCAGGGGAAGGGUUGCAACCUCGAUCCUACGUGCCAAGGACAGCCAUGAAGUACUGAAAAAGCGUCCUGUUAAGCGCUUCGACAUCCCACAGGCCCCGCGUGAUGCGCUUGCAGAAUGGCAAGAUCUUUCUCAGGCCGAUUCAGAAUCCGUUGCACAAGGAACCGCAUCCUACAUCCUUUCCCCUCCACCUGCUCGGUCCAAGACCAACCACUUGCAUGUGCAGUCACGCAGUCAUGAUGGAAACGACCCAUCACGAUGGUCCAAUUCGCAGCUCUCUGAACUGCGCCCCGAAUUCAUAUCGGAGGAAGCUGGUGAGGACGGCGAUUCUGUGGUCACGGACGAGGCAGCCUCUGAGUACAACCGUCAGCACCAGCACCGCCAGCGCGCGCAUUCCUUCUCCACAGUAUCAGAGCAGCAAUCGGUGUCGGGGGAGAAGCGAUACGGAGAGCUUCGGAUCUUCAUUGACAGACCCGACGAUCGACCCAGGACUGCAGAUGAGUCUCGGCGCCCGACACUGGAUAUCCCAAUCCCCCAUUACCGAUUGGGAACGCCACAGUUCAAUACCGAAGGGAGUGCUGCUUUGCACAGCUCCGUAUAUUCGCGAGCAUCCUUGUCCGACAAUUUUCGCGUCUCGGGUUUCCUGAGAGAAAAUUACAGCGCUAGUCCCAGUCCUGGUCCCAAUGUCUACAUUGGGGACUCAUUUCAGCCAGAAAGGCCGUCCUUUGCUGCCUCCAUGUUCUCUGGCCAGCCAGCUAUGGAGAUGCCUCGAGCCUCAACUGCGACGGUGAAUCCGGUCUUCUACGAACUGAAGGAGCCCAUUGAGCCCUCCAUAUACGACCGCCUCUCUUCGAAAAUGCAUGACGGCUCUGUAGUCCGUUAUAUCUCUGGGACCAAGGACAUCGGCGCGGCCACUCCAGCACGCCUUGUAGCGCAGAUAUCGUCCGAGUCGUUCAUGGAUUAUGAGCUCGUGUCUGACUUUUUCCUCACCUUUCGCUCUUACCUCUCCCCCGGUAAUCUUCUCUCUCUUCUGCUCGCUCGGCUGCAGUGGGCUAUCAAUCGACUUCAGGACGAUGGCAGGAUUAUCCGCAUUCGUACCUUUGCGGCGCUCCGGCAUUGGAUUCUCAAUUAUUUCGCCGAUGACUUUGUCCCUGAUUAUGACCUUCGCGCUCGAUUUUGCGACACAAUCAAUACCAUGUACGACAACGUCAAGGCCCGGGAAGGGGGUGGGACGAGUGACUUGAAGAUCUUAAUCGACCUUAAGCGCUGCUGGCAUGGCAAAUGUGCCGCCUACUGGGACUUGCCGACAGGCCAUAUAGCUCCAGGCGCCGUCAUUGUCCCGGGUGGUCCCGACUUCGAAACAGGUCCCAAGGGCGAAGUCAAUGCGGAGGAGCACGAAUACGAUUCCACAACGCCUGAAGUCAACCAGGAACACCAAAUUGGUGUCCAGCACAGCCUCCCUGCUUUUCAACAGAUCCAGCACGAUCGGAACAAUUCCACGGCUACGGCAAAGAGCAUGCCGGCAUCUACAAGAAGCGAUCAUAGUGUUCAGGCCACGUCUUGUUCCUUGCCACCCAAAUCUCCUAAGCGCCUCUCCGUACCUGUUGCCGCAUGCAAGGCGCCUCAUCCAGUGCCUAUAAUCCCGUCUAAGCUUCUAUGUUCCCCACCCGAGUCCCCUAACGUGUCCCCAAUUAUAGCGAAGCGGCUCCCGUUCCAUGGCCAUGCGCACAAGCGCAGUGGUAGCUUUUCCGACUCCGUUCGGGAUGACAGGGCGCCUUUGUCUUUGCUGAAGCUUGAACAGCUGGCGUUCGCUUCUCAAGAGAUACUGAACCUAGGAAGCCUGAUUCGCGGCGAGCUGUAUCCUCCAGCCGAGUCGUACAUGACCAUGAUGGCGCCGCCUUCUCCCCCUUUGCCGUCGUCCGCGAGCGCUGGCGCACAGGACCGUCGCAAUACAAUAAAUGAGACUUCGAAGCCUCCUGGCUCGAGUUCAGGGAUGAAGACGAUUAUCGGGUCUAUUCGCCGAGCUCUACAUAGUAGGCACGGAGGACAAAGCGUCUCGUCGCGUGCCGCGAAUGGCCAAUGGAGCCCUUCAAUGCGGGGGAAAACAUCAGCCUUACCUAACAAUGUAGCCUUCGGAUCUGAUCUGUACAGAGACAGAAAGACCGCGUCGACGUCAAAGAGACCGAUUCGAAUCGAUAUUUUGUGCGACGAGGCGUUGCAAGAAUAUCGUUGUGCGGUUGGCGAGGUAGACUCACCCCAGACGGCUAGGGCCCCCAGACCAGAAGUGACCGAGCAAGCGAUGGAACUGGAAGGCAAGAAGACAGACCGCCCGGCUCCCGGCUUCGACCGCUCAAAGGCCAAAAGUCAGAUUACCAUGGGCAGUCAAUCUAUCGUCAUUGUGGAUGCCACCGGGGCGGGAGAUCCCGUCAUGUCUGGAGCUGUGCUGGAGCAUUCGAUGGGGCUUGAGCAAUCUCCUGGCUUUCUGAACGCUGCGUACACACGCACAACUGUCAAAGCAGCCUCUCUGCGCCCUCCGUCUCAUAGGUUGGAUCUGGCAGAAGAUCAAUAUUCCCUGCCCAUCUACUACGAGGAAGCGGACUCUGGGCCACCUAAUCGAAUCUCGAGGUUCCUCCGCUCAUCUGGAAUCUCUGACCCCCGCCGAUCAUUCUCCACGGAGCGUUUCUCGGUCUCUUGGAAGAGAACAUCUCCCUCUCUUCGUCUCCGAAAGUAUGCGUCUUUUCAAAGCGGGAUAUCGAGACAGCGUUCGGCCAUGGCGCGAGAACCAUCGCUACCGCCAGCUGCUCAUUCCAACCCUUCUAAGCUCACCGUUGGAACGCAGGUUGGACCAACGCUUCGUCGGCGCCCUGGUGGAGAUUUGCGGCAGAUGCAGACCGUGUGUGGCCUGCGGUCGCGCCCGGACUCCGGGUCAUUUGCUUCUGGAUCAACCUAUCGCAGCUCCUUCCCUGAUAGCAUGAUGAGUGGACAACAUCAUGAUGUUUCCAGGCGCCAAACGAGCCUGAUCCCUCCUAAUCCGCGAUAUGAGUUGAUUCAGACUCACUCGUCUCAGAUGCUGAGGCGCUCAUUUGAAGCUGCUAUUGCUCAGUUUGCGCAGAUUCCGGAUGAUGACGACGGAGGGAUCGAGUCAGCGUUGUUGAAACUGGAGGGAAAGUGGCCCGGGUCCCCUACCGGCGGGGAACCGGCAGGCCUCUCCCAGGGUGACAUGUGCAGAGAGCCAGACCAUCUUCAACACGGUCAGGCCCUCGGGUCGUCUGACCCUACAACAUCGGAAGUAGCUCACAGACGACCGUACUCCGACUCGCUUGCGGGAUCGGAGUCGGGGGAGUCGUAUAGCUCAAUACCCCUGCUCGAGCGAGGCCUGAGUGACGAGUCGAUGAAGAAACCCGAGCCGACCCCGGGAUCGCAGAACUCCACUUUGCUUCGGCCUAGGCUGAGCAGGAUAUCGAUUCAGGACACGAUGGAAGUUCAGUCCUCUCAUCCAUCUAUCGAUAUCGUUCAAAAGACCGAUAGCCUUGAAUGUAUCCCACGAGGGUCCACGCUGCCUGUGCCUUUAUCCAGAGACUCUAAAGACCGACGGGGACGCCUUUCAGGACUUUCGUCCGAACUUUCUGUUGAUAUUAUAGGAUCACAGGAAGCUUUCGACCCGCGGCUCUCGUUGGGCACGCAGAGUCUUGGGGAUUCCUCAUUUGGGAUUCCGCCUCAUCCUCUGGCUCACCCUCCUUCACCCCCGAUGACCAUACAGAAUCCUCGUUCAGUGGCCUCCUGCACCACGCCCAUGGAUCCAGUUCUGUUUCCGGCGGAGCCAUUAACCCCAGACCCCUCACCUAGGAACAAGAACACUGAACGGAACAAUCUUCGCCCGGUGAACACGCACCACGUCUCGGGUGAUGUACUCUCUCGAUCUGAGAUGGAUCGCCAACGCUACAAUAUCUCCCAGAACCAUGAACCAGACCAUGUCCCAUUUAUCCUCUCAUGCGAAUCCCAGAUCCUUGCUCAGCAGCUGACCAUAGUCGAGAUGGCUGCGCUCAGUGAGGUGGAUUGGAAAGACUUGGUCGAUAUGAAUUGGAGUAGCGGCUCGCCCUCCACUCGGAACUGGGUCCAGUUCCUUACCGAGGAGGAACGAAGGGGAAUAGAUCUCGUAGUGGGUCGAUUCAACCUCAUGGUGCGAUGGGUGAUUUCGGAGAUUGUUCUCGUGCGUGCGGUAGAAGAGCGAGCUAGCACCAUCAUCAAAUUCAUCCAUACUGCUGCUCACGCGAGACGGAUCUGCAACUACGCAACGAUGCUGCAGAUUGCCAUUGCUUUGUCUUCUACAGACUGUUCGCGACUGCAGAAGACUUGGGCUCUGGUGCCUCCGUCGGAAAGGCGCCUGCUAAAAGACAUGGAACUACUCAUCCAGCCUGUGCGCAACUUCCAUGAUCUUCGCAUGGAAAUGGAAACGGCCAAUUUGCAGGAAGGCUGUAUCCCGUUUGUCGGAUUAUACGUCCAUGACCUCACCUACAACGCGCAGAAACCAGCGCAGGUAGCAAACCCCAACGGAGAACCGCUGGUCAACUUUGAGCGAUAUCGCACGGCAGCCAAGAUCGUCAAGAGCCUUCUUCGACUGAUUGACGCGAGCACCAAAUACAAAUUCGAGCCUGUGCCGGGCAUCAUCGAACGUUGUCUCUGGAUCGCAUCGCUUUCCGAAGAUCAGAUUCAAAAACGCAGUAGGAUGCUGGAAUGAGCUUCUGAUACCCCAGUCGUUUUCUCUUCCUGCUUUGGUCUCUGAGAGAUUUACUGACUUAUUAUUUGCAUCUACCUUGGAGGAGUCUUGUCAUUUUGUGCAUUUGCGAUUGCCAUGGUGUACACCUAUACCCUGCAGGGAUAUCAUCUUGUUCAUAUUUUUGUUAUUCAGCUGAUCAUGCGUGAGCAUUAUGGAUGUACACUAUAUACCUGCAUUAUUUAACGCUUGGAGGAUGGGACUGAAUGGAGC